AUGGUGAAGCUGACGGCGGAUCUGAUCGAGCAGGCGGCUCAGUACACGAAUGCCGUGCGGGACCGGGAGCUAGACCUGCGGGGCUACAAAAUCCCGGUGAUUGAGAACCUUGGGGCCACACUGGACCAGUUUGAUACUGUCGAUUUUUCAGACAAUGAGAUAAGGAAGUUGGAUGGAUUUCCUUUACUAAGGAGGCUUAAGACUUUAUUAUUGAACAACAACCGGAUAUGUCGUAUAGGCGAAGGUCUUGAGUUGAUGUUGCCUAAUUUAAAAGAGCUGGUUCUCACCAACAACAGUAUCAUGGAAUUGGGUGAUCUGGACAAUUUAUCUACAUGGAAAAACCUCACCUAUCUCAGUCUGUUGAGAAAUCCAGUCAUUAACAAGCGACAUUACAGACUGUAUGUGAUCUUCAGGCUUCCACAAGUCCGUGUGUUGGAUUUUCAGAAAAUCAGACUAAAAGUGAGUUCUCUAGUGGUAGUUUUAAAUGUUGGAUCUGGCUUCUUCACCCACAUUCACGACUAUUGCGUGAAAUCCAAAAGUUGCAUGAAAGCCACUGGAUAA